AUGUCGAUGAACGUGGACUUCAACGCCCUCAAGGCGCGGACCAUGGGGUCCGGAGCCGAUGAAGAGGCAGUAACAGUGGACACGAGAGGACUGAUCUCAAAGGUUCUUGCUCGGUAUUCAGGGAAAUGGACAGUUUUGCGAGAGAUGAUUCAGAACGCCGCCGAUGCUUCUGCAACCAAGGUGACGAUCAAGUUUGAGACCCUCCCAUCUACAACAAUUCCUUCACCGUCCUCAACCGAUCCCACAGCUCUGCUCAAACAUACGAUCGCCAACCAUACCCUCCGCCGUCUGUUGAUUUCAAACAAUGGCGCUCCAUUUAGUGAAAAGGAUUGGGCAAGAUUAAAACGCAUCGCAGAUGGUAACCCUGACGAGACCAAGAUUGGCGCGUUUGGCGUUGGCUUUUAUAGUGUUUUCGAUGAUUGUGAAGAGCCAUUUGUUUCAUCCGGCCAACAAGCCAUGGCCUUCUAUUGGAAGGGCAAUGCGCUGUUCACCCGUCGAUUAGACCUUGGCGAAACCUCAAAUCAGGACACCACCUUUGUUUUGGAUUAUCGCAAUGACUCCUCGCCUAUUCCAUCGUUGCUGCAACUAUGCCAGUUUUUGUCGAGCAGUUUGACAUUCGUUGCCUUGGAGGAAAUAGAACUCUGGCUGGAUGACUGGAAUCUUCUACGACUAUCCAAAAAGACUGCACCCAGUGUCAGUGUUUCAAUUCCCAGAGACAUUGAAACCAAGACUGCAGGAGGCCUGAUGAAGAUUGCCGGUAUCACUCGAGAAAUCGCGCAGGUCGAUGCUGCCUGGAUGAAAAUCGUGGAGUGGAACCCUCAUGCGAGCUUGUUCCGACUUGAUAACCUCCGAGAUACAACCAGCUCUCUGCGAAGCUUUUUCUCGAAAUUCACAGGACCCGGGCCAGAGAAACCAUCGAACACUCAGCAACCAGAACGCAUCGAGGAGCCGAGCAACAUGGCCACUAUGCUGACCGCUUCGGUCUUCUUGCACAUCAAUACUGCAUCGAUUUUACCGUCAAUUGGACGUUCUUUAAGCAAGGAACUUGAACGAGCCACGCGGAAGCCGCCGCCCAAGAAAGCCACCAUUGCCAUCUUGACCCCUUCAUAUGAUGCUAACAUCGCGACUGAAGCAUCCUCGUCUCAGUCGGAUAUUCUUGCGUCGAUCCUGCCUUCCAAGGCUGGGAGAAUCUUCAUUGGAUUCCCCACACAGCAGACCACGGGACUGAAUGCUCAUGUAUCUGCGCCGUCGGUGAUCCCCACCGUUGAGCGGGAGAGUAUCGAUCUCAACACCCGAUAUAUCAGUUCAUGGAAUCUUGAAAUGUUACGAGCGGUUGGCAUUGUUUGUCGAAUUGCUUGGUCUGCGGAAAUGGCCACGAUCAAAUCCAAGUUGUCCUCUAAAGUCGGCUCAUCACGCUCCGCGAAGAUACGGAAGGAAGAUGUUGUGGAUGUACUACCUGAAGCUAUCCACACCGCGAACCAGUUUGCCUUCCGAGAAUCAACUCCAUCUUCGGUUCUGGGACAAACUAUUGAAGAUGCGUUUUGGACGUGCAACCUGAACUCCUCCAUCGAGGUUCUCUCUACUUGUGGUGUCAUUCCUAGUGUCCAGACACGCAUCGCACCCAAGGAUCUCAGCUUCAUGGACUCGAUUCCAGCCUUGCCCGAUGAAUUCGUGAAAAAAGCUCAAAACUUUGUCAAGAAGUUGACAGAUUUCGGGCUCGUCACAGAAAUAACGGUGUCAGACAUCAAGCGGGAAUUGGAGUCCAGUACUCUGCGCUCGAACCAGAUAGUCGAGUUUUUGACUUGGCUGGGCCAUAAAACAGCUAUUGGGCAACUUGACAGGCUUUCAGCCCAAAGCCUACUACGUGUUGCAGUUGCAAAUGACGAGGACCAAGAAGGCCACCCAACCCGGUUGAUCGUCUUUGCAGACAUUACAAGUUUCCUGAAUCCGCAGCGCAUUCCGGCAGAUUUGCCCAUACCGCCAGCUGUAGUGCCAUUCCGGUUCACCAAGUCUCUUGGCAAGCAGGAGUUAGAAGCGCUGGGAUGGAUUGAGCUGCAACUCGUCCCGUGGCUUAGCUGGCUCGUGGACAAUGCUGGAAAUCGAAAUGUUCUUCCGGCAGACCAAGAUAUCACAAAAACUGCACCUUUUGCUGCCCAAGUCCUGCCAGUCUUUUCUAGGCAAUGGGAGACCUUGAGUCAGUCUUCAAAGCAGACCGUUGUCACUACGUUGCAACCCAAAACUGUAAUCCCCACCAAGCUUGGGAUGAAGCAGCCUUCGCAGACAUACUUUGCCUCCGUCCGUCUUUUCGAUGACUUGCCGGUUGUACACGGUCUGAAUGGUGUUAAAGAGAAGCUCUUGGUCGCUCUCGGGGUUCGGAAAACCGUGGAGCUUGGUGUGAUCUUUGACCGUCUUAUCAACAACCUUGCCUCCAGCGAUGCGAAGGUACCUUCGUCGAGGAAAUGGAACCAUGUCGACCUCAUACGAUAUCUCGCAUCUGUGCGGGAUGACAUUCCUGCGAACGAUAUCCAGCGACUCAAAAACACGAGCAUAUGCACUGCCGAGAGUCGGAAUGAUACUCAGGCCAAGCAAGGAACGCGGUACAAGAUCUCUGAACUAUAUGAGCCGAAGGACUCUCUUCGUGGUCUCGGACUGCCGGUGCUUGAAUGGCCGGGUAUUUAUCAUAAUGGCAGCAACGAGGGUAGAUUCCUCACGAUGAUGGGCUUGAAGAGCUACCCAGCUGCUUCUGAUGUCGUAUGGCUCAUGACCGCCAGCAACACGGAGAGUGACAGUGGUCGACGAAGCAAAGCCCUGUCAUAUUUUCUCAGCGAGUACACCACAAACGGUUAUGAAAAAUACGAUAUCAGUGUAGUCACCGUCCCUUUUCUGCCAGUCGAGGGCUCCGAAAAUCUCAGCGUGCCGAAGAAGUGCUUCACCGACGAGGGCGCGGCGUUGUUUGGUUUUCAGAUCCUUCGAAGGAAUCUCCAUCCCCAUGCCUCCAAAUUGGGGGUUAAGGCUCAUCCUUCCAUGGCAGAUUGCCUUCAGAUUCUCAUUCGUCGACCCCCUUCUACCCAAAGAGAUGCUCGGGUGAUCUUCAAAUACCUAGCCGGUAGAGUAUCGGAUCUGGAUUCAAAGGAUAUCAGUGUGGUUGGCAGCUCUCCAAUCAUCCCCAUCGCGACUAAUGACCCGGCCGGGAAGGGUUCAAAGACUCGCUUCGUAACACCCAGGCUCUGCUACCUGGGAGACGGAGAAGACUACAAAGACAUCUUCGACUUUGUGGACUUUGGACAAGAAGCGAAUCUCUUUCUUAUGGCUCUUGGGUCAAAGAGAGAACCCACCAAGAACGAAAUCGCACGGAUGCUCGUGCGAGAGCCGGCCCGCAUCUCCGCGGCGUUCCAGAGCUCCGAGAAAUACCUCAUGCUUCUCAGGACCUUGGCGGAGCACCUUCCAGUACUGAAGAAGGACAGGGAUUUGUUCGGCGAGAUGAAGAAAGCACCAUUUCUUCUGGCUAGUCGGGACAUUCCGACUGAUGUACCAGGCCAGGGUGGCAAAGAGAACUCAUCUGGAAAGGAGCCUUUUGAUGAGGAGGAUGAUCUGGACAUUCGAGAAUGGAGCCUUACAGCUGCCAAAGACAGUGUGGUUGUGGAUGAUUUCCAGAGCUUCAACCUGUUCAAAGAGCACAUCCUUGCAGCGCCGCAAGAGGAAGCCCUAGAGAACUUUUAUGUUGCUCUCGGAGCAAUCCCGUUGAGCAGCCUCGUUGAAGAACAGGCGCGCUUCGGUGGAGUGGCGGCCGAUCAAACUCCAGGCGUCAAGUUGCACAAAGUGAUUCUCGAACGCGCUCGGCUCUUUUUGCAUGACCAGCCAGCAGAUUCUGUCCUCCAUGGACCCCGAUGGCUGGAACAGUCCUUUGGUGUACGUGUGGUGAACUCGAUCACCUUGACACGGUCUCUCAAGGGCCGGCGCGUGUCUCACACCCAGAAGCGAAACGCCAUCGUUGCCAACCUCGGGAAGAACUUCGGCCUGUGCGUUUGCCCUGGGAAAUAUGACCUGUACGAGAUCAGUCAAUCUUUGGUCCAUUUGAUUUUGACGCGGCCUAAGCUCCACUCCACCCUCACACUGGAAAUGCUGCUGAAAACAGACCUGCUUGAGUUGCGUGCACGAGGCUAUAACGUGGAGCGCAUUCUCAGGCAAAAGGCCCACGAGGCUCGAAUGGCCGAGGAUAAACGCCAGGCUCACCUGGAAGAAGAGAGGCGUGCCCUGCAGGAGAAGGAAUCCGCCUGGGCAGCGGCUCAGGCUCAACAUGCCGAAGAGCAAUCGGAGACCAAGAGACAAGAUUCGAUGCCGGGCGUCUUCCCCGAAUCGCCCAACAGCAAGGCCGUGGCAGCUGAAGCGCAUGCUGAGCCCCCCGAGCCCAUGCCAGCUCGGCCGAACCGUGGCUUGUUCGCCAAUUUGACGAAACGGUUUGGUCUUGACAAUGGACGCUCCGGUUCAAGCUCUGGCGAGUCUCGCUCUCUGCUUCCCGAGUCGUCCACCCCUCCGCCGCCAUACUCUGCGGCAGAUCCCCAGAAGCCGCGCCCGGAACAGUCUGUCUCGGUCAACUCUCCACACCAACUGCAUAACCAGCUCCUCUCUGCCGUCCAGGCCUGUCGACCCCAUGGGUCAUCCGACGUUUACAGCCGACCAGAGACUAAUCAGGUCACUGAAAGUAAGUCGUACUGCGACGAACGGCCUAGUCAGGACCUGGAAUUUGUCGCAACGCUUCCGAACGGCGUCAAUGUCUUGUUUGUCAAGUCGGUGCCCGAGCGAUCUGCCUUUCUCGCCAGCAAUCGGACCGGUAUCAAUCUGUUCGCUUCGAUUUUGCUUGACUGUGCAUCGAUUUUCUCGAUGCGUUCCGACAGUAUCAGCGUCUUCUACGACCCAGGCGGCAAGACAAUUGCGUUCAACCGGGCCGGCAGUAUCUUUUGCAAUUAUUUCUACUUCCAACAACUGCAAGAGCAAGCACUGCUCCAGAGUACGAGCCCCGACCGCACGGAUGCCAUGAUAUACUGGUGGGUGAUUCUGUGCCAUGAACUGGCGCAUAACUUGGUUGGAGAUCAUAGUUCGGCGCACAGCUACUACUCUGAAGGUUUUGUGGCCCAGUACUUCCCCAAGGUGGCGGCCAAAAUUGCGACUCUCAUGACCAGCCAGUCUUGA